GGCUAUUCCAAUGACCAGCCUUAACCUCCUCUCCCCUCGAUGUGGCGACGAGAACUUCGCCGGCGGCUUCACUUCGCCGCUUGCUUUCCUCCCCUUCUCCCUCUCCAGUCCCACUUACAUCUCAACUUCCGCACCAAAACCGCUCGCCGCUGCCUCGACGACGACGACGACGACGACGACCGCUGCGAUCGGAGAACCGCCCGUGGCGGCGAGCCGUGGGACCGUUCCUUCCGCCUCGACAAAGGCCGCGGCCAGCACCUGCUUACCAGCCCCCGCGUCCUCGACUCCAUCGCCCGCCUCGCCUGCCUCCGCCUCUCCGACACCGUCCUUGAGAUCGGCCCCGGCACAGGCAACCUCACCGUCCGCCUCCUCCAGUCCGCCCGCAGGGUCGUCGCCGUCGAGAUCGAUCCCCGAAUGGUCGAAUCCCUCCUUUCUCGCGUGUCUGGCCUCGGUCUCGAUGACCGCCUUACGGUUAUCACUGGAGACGCGCUGAGGACCGAGUUCCCAGAGUUCGACAUUUGUGUCGCUAACAUACCUUACGGGAUCUCGUCGCCUCUCAUCGCGAAGCUUCUCUAUGGAUCGGGCAGGCAGUCGGGCUUCAGGAGCGCGGUGCUUCUCCUACAAAAGGAGUUCGCGAAGCGUCUUGUGGCCACUCCAGGUGACUCGGAGUUCAAUCGCUUGGCUGCCAAUGUUAGGCUGGUUGCCACUGUCGAGAUGCUUAUGAAUGUGAACAAGAAAGACUUCGUGCCCUGCCCUAAGGUGGACUCCUCUCUGGUGCGAAUCCAGCCGAGGAGUGAUGUGCCCGAGGUUGAUCUGGGCGAAUGGUUGGGUUUCACUCGCACUUGCUUCACUAAGAAGAACAAAACUCUCGGUGCCAUCUUCAAGCAAAAGAAGAUGAUAGCCGAGUUGUAUAAGAAGUCAAAGUCCGAAACCAAACCGAGUAAGCUUUUGGUACAUGAGGAAGAGGAUUAUGAUGGCGAUGGUGAUAGCCAUGAUGAAAAUGAUGUUACUGAUGAUUUUCCUGAGCUGGAUGUAUCUGAAGCAGUUCAGUUUAAAGAGAAGAUUAAUGGAAUAUUGAAAUCUGUGGGAUAUGAAGGGAAGAGGCCUUCCAAGUUAUCCAAUGCAGAUUUUUUGCAUCUUCUUCAGCUUUUCAAUCAAGAGGGCAUUCUGUUUCGAUAGCUCCAAUUAAGACUUAAAUCUGUGUUUUGACUACAAGUUCAAUUUGGUGACUGUGUUUUCUUUUGUUUUCAAUCACUGCACUAAAGGAACUAAGGAAGUUUGGUAGUUCCAUCUUCAAGCCAAAAGAAGAAGUCCAAGUCUGAAGCUAGUAAAAUUUUGGUUCACAAGGAAGAAAGCGACGAUGGAGACACUGACAGUGAUGAUGGAAUAUGCUAACAAUGCCCUUUUCGAGCAGGAUGAAUCUGAAGCAACUCACUUUAAAGAUAAGAUUGUUGGAAUACUGAAGUUUGGGGGAUAUAAAGGGAAGAGACUUUCCAAGACAAUGAAGAAUUAUCACAGCUUCUUCAGUUUUUCAAUCAAGAGGGUUUUGUGUUUCAAUAAUUAGAGUUGAGAUCAAAAUAAGUGAUUCUGAGAGGAGUUCAGCUUGAUGAUUUUGUUUUCCUUUAUUGGCAAUCACUGUGCUCGACGAAAUAGGGAAGUCUGAAAGUAUUUGAUUGGCAAACCAUGCAUUUUGAUUGCCUUUGGUUUGAGCAUUUGCCAUUUUGAUAUGAAGUACUAUUCUUCAUCUCCUCCCUCAUUUGAUCAAAGAAAUAAUCUUCAUUUUUGUUUU